GUUUACAGCUAUUUGAGGGAGCCGGAAUUCCAAUCUCUCUCUGCUUUCGCCGCGAUUGCGAUUGCGUGCAUCCCUCCGUAUCCUCGUCUCCAUCAGCUUCUACCAUGCCAACUUCGUCGUCCUCGACUCAUCGCUUGGACGGGGCUUCGAACGGGCACGAUGCAGAUAUGUUGAAUCUCCAGAUGUGGAGAGAGCAACUGGCUCAAGAAGCUAUGAACAACGGCACGAGUGAUAUCGUGGGCGAGGGCACAUCGACGUCCUGGACCACCGCUCCACCCUUCAACAACCUACCCACAGCCCAAGCUUAUUUUUUACCCAGUGGAUUCGCCGACACUGCAGGAAACAAUGCCUCCAGAGGGGGUAGCUACCAGGAACCUGGCAUCAUGCUCAACGAAGUUGAUGGUCGGGACGCGUCCGUCACCUGGUCCAGGGGUCCUGCCACAGUGCUUGAUGCCUCCGCCUUCGAUUCUCGACCAUCAUUUGGGUUUGCUCACUCUCCACUCGUCUGUUGCAUCACGUCGCUCACAGACACCUCACUCGCUCCCAGAUUGGGUCCUACACAGCAUGUUCAUAGGAACGCAAACCUGUACAGAGGCGAGAAUGGGCACGGGCACAGUCGCGUAGCCAAUUAUCCUUCCUAUGCGUACACCAAUCUGGAGGCGAUGAAUCCCCGGUCAGUGGCUGGCCCGUCCGCUGUAUCGAUGCGCCAUCCUGCUCCAUGCUUCGCGCCUACGUUGGCUUACGACCAUCGGCAGCACAGUGAUACUAGGCUCGAUCACAUUAUCAAUCCAGGAUUUCCGGCAGUGCCACCUCGGCCACCACACUACGCGAGCUUGAGCUCAGGACAGUUCCCAUCCUGGGAUCUCAGCCAGCUGCCCCAGCUGCAUCGAAUGUAUCAGCCGAUGAGUUCGACGGAUCGACAAUAUCCGCAGAAUUUCGACCAGCCAAGCAUGAUGGCUCCAUCGACUCGGAGAGCCAGUCCCCACUUUGCUGACAGCCCGGAAUCCGAUCUCCAGUCUGCCGCUGACACCACUCCUCCCCCGGCUGCGUUCCCCACUCUCCCGACUGCCUCUUCGCGCCGAUACGAUCCAUGGUGGGGUGCUGAACCUUCCGCCGCGGCAACGCUCGCGCCUCCACGCGACUGGAGCUACGAUCGCAACGCCAGCCGCUCUCGUGUCGAAAGAAGAUCUGCAAGACCAUUCCGGCCAUACCAUGUUGCUGAAUCGACUCCUGUAGCAGAAGCUCACUCUGCUUCAGCGGAACGCGUACAACCGGUCCCAGCCAGGGCGGCCCGGAAACCGAAGCAGCUAGCACCCGACCAGAAUCCUCUCAACCAGAUCAGGUGCCAGAUGCCGCGUAUGGGCCAAAUGCUCACUGUCUCCCCGUCAAUCAGCGAUGCGACGACGGACGACAUGCCCAGCGUUUCGACAGCCGGGACUCCGCAAGCGCCUGCCUUCGAAGAGUGCGGUGAGAUGAUCGACGCUGAGCUGGUCGCGAAGCACCUCCGGAAGCAUGUGCAGGCCGACGGGCCGAUGUGCAGGUGGGGAGGCCGGUGCAGCCACGUCGUUGCUGCUUCGAAUCUCAACGGCGACUUUGUCCGCCAUGUCAAGAACCGCCAUAUGAAGCUUCUCAACCUGUGCGGACUGUGUGGCGAGUAUCUGACAAGGGGUCAGAAAGAGAGGCAUGGCUGCGCCGAAGUGAAGAGGGGUUUCAAGAUGUCGAAAAGAGAGACGGUGUAA